AUAAAUCAGCACCCGUAUUAGAGUCGCAAAUUGCUUAUACGGGCGGUGAUUUAUUAUUUAUUAUUUAUUAGUAGUGUUCUGAAGAAGAAAUACGGGGAUACAUAUGCAGUCGGUUUUAAGUUUAUGAGUGGCAAGGUUGAUAUAUAUUGGCCGUAUUCCCUACUGGUCUAUUCACCAGCCAAAAGUCCUCUAUGAUGUCACUCUACGUACAGGAUUAUUCACUUAACUCUAGCCUUUGCCCUUUCCUUACCUACUAUCCCCUCUUUCCCUGAGUCAGCCCCCACUUAUUUCCCUUAAAGUGACGACCUGUCACUUUCAGAGAUUGUGGCACCAGCAGCAAGUAGUAUAUUUAAUCCAGCUCUGGUUACACCCAUUCUAUGUGCUGAAACUUCUUUGUUGAAGAAAUGUCUUCAGAGUCAGAAAAGGAUAAAGAGAGACUGAUUCAAGCUGCCAAAAUGUUCUUCUUUCAUGUACAAGAUUUUGCUUCUGUCACAAACACACUGACUGAGUUGUUUAACCGCAGUAUGAAUACUCAAAUCCUUUUGAUGGCUGUGAAAAACAAUAGUAACAUUAAGGAUUUUUUUGAGCAAAUGCUCAAAAUUUUUAAGGAGAUGCAAUCUGUAGUGGAUGCAAAACAUGACAAAAUUCAAAAGGAGUCUUUAGGUUCCAAGGUUGCAAUGGCCAUGUACUCUGUGUUUCAGAAGGGUACCAAUGUAGAGGAGUUGCAUCAGUCAGCUAAAGAAGUGUUCAAAAGUGCCCAUACACCAGUUAUCAUCUCUGCGCUAAACAGCAGUAACAUCCUUGGGAGUUUGGAAUCUUCUCUUUCACACUUGAUGAAAUUCCCCAUCAUGAAUCUUCAAUUAAGUGACUUCUAUACAGAAGACACCAAAGAGCAAUCAGAUGUCACCACAUCUGAGAGAAGCAGGAGUCCAGAUUCUUCCAAAACCACUAUGAUAGACACCUUGAAAAAACUGCAGGAUGCACUAAAAACUGAGGAUUCCAAAAAUCCCAUAGAGUCAGCAGCAGAUUUGUUGGAACAAAUUGUCAAGGCUAUGGGACCAAUCUUAGAGAUUCUCCAAAAAGCCAUAAAGACUAUGGAAAUGAAUAUUUCUGUGUUUAAGAAAGCCAGUGACAAGUAGGGAUACAACAGAACUGUUCAUUUCUGUCAGGAAACUAAUUCAAAUCUUAUGGUUUUUCAUAGUGGUUUCUAAGAUCUUUUGGUGCCAAACAUGGUAUGUUAGAACAUAAGUACACGAAAGUCAUCUGGCAAAACAUUUACCUGUAGUUUUGCUUUAUUAAAAUGAAAAUAAAUAAUUCAGAAAGCCUG